AUGACGAUCGCCAACCUCCUCGUAUCGCUAAACGACCAGGUCCGUGAGAACAAAGGCCAGUCACUUUUAGUGACACUCCUGAUUGGUCCUUUGAUCUACGUUCUCGUCAAUGAACUCAUUCGACACAAUGCUAGAAUUAGCAACCUUAGAGGACCCUCCGGACUACCGGUGAUCGGCAACAUCUGGGAUAUCCACAUUAACGCUGCCGAAAAGUACCGCGCAUGGGCCAAGAGAUAUGGACAGGUGUACCAGAUCCAACUAGGCAAUAUUCCUGUCGUUGUGGUCAACUCUGCUAGUGCGGCGAGGACCAUCUUUGGUUCCAAUGCCCAGGCGUUGAGUUCGCGGCCUGAAUUCUACACAUUUCACAAGGUUCUCUCUGAUACUGCGGGCACUACUAUUGGCACGUCCCCAUACAGUGACUCUCUCAAACGCCGUCGCAAGGGUGCAGCCUCAGCUCUCAACCGUCCCUCCGUCAACACCUAUGUUGAGCAUCUCGAUGUCGAAACCAGAGAUUUCAUUAAAGAGCUCGUGGAGUAUGGAAACAGUGGGAAAUCACCAGUUGACCCCAUGCCUAUGAUCCAGCGUCUAUCUCUAUCCCUCGCCUUGACUCUCAACUGGGGCGUUCGACUCAAGAGUCAAAAAGACAAUUUAUUCGCAGAGAUCACGCAUGUUGAGGAAGAAAUCAGCCGUUUCAGGUCGACGACGGGUAAUCUCCAGGAUUACAUCCCCAUUCUUCGUCUCAACCCGUUCAAUCUUCAUUCGUCCAAGGCUCGAGAGAUGCGCAACAGACGUGAUAAGUAUCUCACCGACUUGAACAACGGUCUAGACGAGAGAAUCGCCAACGGCACAUACAAACCAUGCAUUCAAGCCAACGUCAUACUGGACAGGGAAGCCAAGCUAAACAAAGACGAGCUCACAUCCAUCAGUCUCACCAUGCUUUCCGGAGGUUUGGAUACCGUGACGACGUUGGUAGCUUGGUUCGUCGCUUAUCUGAGCCAACAUCCCGAGAUUCAAGAAAAGGCUGUGUCUGAGAUUGCGAAAUUCUUCAGCCAGAAGGAGCCCAUGUGUGAUGUCAACGAUGAUCAGAAGUGCGAGUAUAUCGUUGCUUUGGUCAAGGAGUCGUUGAGAUAUUAUACUGUGCUUCGACUGGCGCUGCCUCGAGCUUCUAUUCGGGAUAUCGUCUAUGAGGGUGUUACUAUUCCUAAGGGAACAGUCGUGUUUCUGAAUGCAUGGGCAUGCAAUAUGGAUGAUCAAGUAUGGACCGACCCCGAAGUCUUCCGUCCCGAGAGAUGGUUCGAGCAACCCGAAGCUCCCUUGUUCACAUACGGCGUUGGAUAUCGCAUGUGUGCAGGAUCUCUCCUUGCAAACCGAGAACUGUACUUGCUCUACAUGAGACUCCUCAACAGUGUCAAGAUUGAGAAGCACGAUGAUGUGGAUUGUCAUCCUAUUAGUGGUAGCUUGGAUCCUACGAGUCUUGUUGCCAUGCCGCGCAGGUACAGGGCUACGUUUACGCCUCGUAACCCUGAGGCUUUGGGGAAGGCCUUGGCUGCGGCAUGA